GCUCACGCGAUCGGCACCAACAUUUGCUGUUCCUAGACACAAGUGGUGAUGUAUAGCUACUCUGUUACAGUCACUUUGAAACUGUACAAGGUGUUGUGUGUCCGUUUGUUUAUUCAAGUGACGAAUUUGCCGGCGCACAAUUGGUUCAUUAUUUUCGUACAAAAUGGCACAAAAUUCGUGUUUACAUAGAAAUGUAAUGCGGGAAAAUCAUAGAACAAACAAUAGUGAAGGAAAGGCACCAUUCCUUAUUGGGGUCGCUGGGGGAACGGCGAGCGGCAAAUCUACAGUGUGUAAAAGGAUCAUGGAGAAGUUGGGGCAGGUUGAUGUGGACCAGAAGCAACGACAGGUUGUCACUAUCAGCCAAGAUAGCUUUUACCGAAUUUUAACAGCAGAGGAAAAGGCAAAGGCUCAGAAGGGCUUGUACAAUUUUGAUCAUCCAGAUGCUUUCGACAAUGACUUGAUCUUGCAAACUCUGCAUGAUAUACUGGCUGGAAAGAAGUGUGAAAUACCAGAAUAUGACUACAAAACUAAUUCAAGAUGUGAAGAUAAAUUCAUCACUAUAUAUCCUGCAGAUGUAGUUUUGUUUGAAGGAAUCCUUGUAUUUUAUUUUCCUGAAAUUCGAGAAUUAUUUCACAUGAAAUUGUUUGUUGACACGGACUCGGACACUAGAUUGGCUCGUAGAGUGCCAAGAGACAUAAAUGAAAGAGGAAGAGAUUUGGAACAGGUGUUGAAUCAGUACAUGAAUUUCGUGAAACCUGCAUUUGAAGAAUUUUGUUCCCCUACAAAGAAGUAUGCAGAUGUCAUUAUCCCCCGUGGAGCUGAUAACACUGAAGUGAAUCAUUUAAUUGAGUGUUGUGGAUAAUUAGCUUUAAAUUGGUGCAAAAAACAAUGCAUUAUACUGUGAAAUGGCCACCAUGCAGCAUGCUUGUACAGUUUGUGCAUUAACUCUUUGCAGUAUGCACAACCUUAGGAAAUUAAUGGACCACUGUGCAAACUAUUUCAUGGCUGUUAGUUCGUGGGAAAUAAAACAAAGUUUAGUCUUUUUAAUUACUAAAAAUUAUGUACAACUUGGAUUUAUUCACCAAUAUAUUAUGUUACACUGGUGUGAGUGCUUAAAAGUGAUACAGCUAUCACUGGAAUAACAGGGUGUACUUUCAGCAUAGUUGAGGUAAUCCAAAUGUAAUUUGAGUUUUUGUAGGAAAAUAGUUGUGCUCCAGUGCUUUUAUCAAGUAGUAUGUUAGUUCUUAGGUAUCCUCAGACAUUACCCAUUUCUCAGUCCAGUAAUGGUGUAGCACUUUCAUUUCUGUAGUAUUUAAUUUACAACAAAACUUAAUGCUCAAAGUUACUGGCAAGAAAUAAACUUUCCGGGUAAUUUGAUAAAAAGAUAUGAUGAACAUUAGAAUUUACCACAAAGUAGUAUAAAAGUUGUGCAUAAUUUUAUUUUGUAACUUGUACACUGAACAGUAACAGAUAGUAUCAUUGCCAGUGACCAGUAUAUGUGGAAAGUUAUCUGAUAAUGAGCUGAAAGUGACGUGUUUUUGGUUGAAUUGCUCUCAAACUAAGGAAGAGCAUUUACUGGCAUUAGAAAUUAUAUUUUUCAGUAAAUGAAGUGCUUGAGUUCCACAUGUUUCAAACAGCAGGACUCUAGGAAUGCUGUUUUUGGUAUGUUCAGUAACUUUGUGUAGUUUUCUAUAUUCUCGGUUUUCAUGCAAAUCUUAUCCAGAGAAGUAAUUAGGUAGCAGCUUGCUGUGUGAAAUAAUUUUUCUCUCUGGUAAAAACAUAAUUUGUUUAGUGGUGAUAUCUCCUGCACUAAAACUAACUACUAAAAUUUGUGACCACUUAAAAAUUUUACUAAAAUGUUUAGUUUUAAAAUAACAUCAUUUAACUACUAUAUUUGUGUUUGGCUUUUUAGAAACUGCAGAUAGUUUUGUUUUUAAAUGGGUGAGAUAAAUAAUUGGAAGCUAACAUUGUACACAACAUAUGUAAUAUUGGUUGGUCAUGAAUGAUGGAUGAGCAUUUAUUAUGAAAAAUAUUAACUCAGAGCACACAUUUUCUGGCAAAGUUGUUACGAAAAUGUUAAUCACACAUAUCUUGAAUCUGUCUGUCGAAAUAUGUAGGCUCAGUUAGAAUUCUGACAAUGCUUGUGUGUGUAUGUGUGUGUGCACUAACUUCAGAUUAUCAAUUAUGGCACAGGUGUUUCUUCUUGUGGAAAUAACUGUAAACAUUACUUACUCAAAAUGUCAUUUUCAAAUUCUAAAAUGCUUUUCCAUCAAUACAUAUUUUCCCUGCAUUUGCUGUCUUGUAAGUUAAUGUGGGUUUUAUCACAGCUGUAUGUAUUGCAUCACACUUCACUGAACUGGUACAUCAGAUAUAUAAUUUGUACUUUUGUCUGUUACAUUUUAGAUAAAAUAACACUCUUCACCAUAUUAUCAGUUAGCUUACAGAUGCAUGAUUGCCACUUUUAAUGUUGUGAAUCUCCAGUUUGUGGUGCAUGGCUACCCUGCUCCCCAGAUCUAAUGGGCUGCUUGUGCUGUUUUUGCGUUACAGUUGCCAUUGACCUGAUAGUUCACCACAUCUGGGAUAUAUUACAUGGCGUGGUGAACCGAAGAUGGGCUAGCUCUAGCUCAAGCUCAGAAAACCUUAGCAGGUAGAUUUGCUGCAUGAUUUGAACAUUCCAGGGCAUAUAACAUAUGAACCUUUGGCAGUGUCCAUGUAUAAUGGUACUCAAUAAUAUUAAAAAAUGCUUUGGUUCUGCCACACGGACUUGGUAUUUUACUGUGCCACAAAAUUAUUAUAGUCAAUAAAAGUUCUCAAAAUAAAUUAUUUUUCAAGGAUGUCACUUAACUGUUUGUUCAGUGUUACAAAUGCAUGUCUAGUGUGGCAGACACUAUUCCUAACCUUAUGUGAGGCAAGAAUGUAAAUUAUACUAAGCAAAAAAAGAAAAAAAGGAAAUUGUACAAGAUGCACAAGAUUUGAUUAUGAAUCUUGAUCUAUAUGGUUUUCAGUAUUCAUUUCUUGCCUCAUAUAGACCUGCUGGGUGCUUUACUUUAGACUAAAAGUUAUUUAAUAAAUCAUUGAAUAGUAUUUCAUCAACAAACUAGAAGCACAUUAUUGACUUUUGUCUUUUUGUUGUCUUAUUUGUAUUAUUUAAUUAAAUAUUCAUAUUUAAUUACUGUGUCGUGGAAUUGUGUCAUUCUGUAUAUAUUCCAGAAGCAUAAAGCAAGUAAAGUUUUUGUAUUAACGUGUAUUUCUUGCACAAAGAUACAUUUAUUUGUUGUUCAUGUUUAGUUACUCUUGUAGUAUGGUACAUAAUUUAAUUUUUGAUGCUGCAGGAAUAUUAUCAGGUAAACUAAACUAUUUUAAAUAGUAAGGCUGUGAAAUAGUAUCAGUAUUUUACUGUGACUGAUGAAAUGUUACUUUGAUAGCAUAUCUUGGAGAAAGGUAAUUUCAAGUUGUUUCAGAAGGUCAGCUGUAUGUGUAUUAUAUGUACAUUUGUAAAACGGAAUGCUUUGAACGGUCCUCUUCCUGUACACUUGGGAACUAUCCACUGAUUAUGUUGUGCAGGAGGGAAAUAUUGUUCUCAAGGACUGCCUCUCUUUUCCUUAAAAGUGUGAAAAUGAAAUGUUUAGUAAUUGCACUAUUGUACUGUAGUAUUGAUAUGAGAGGUUAUCUGCAGGAUUUCUUUGAUGGGAAAAAUCACAUCUUGGAUAUGACUCUGUGAAAAUCAGAAUGAUUUUCACUUGUAACAUUUAUUUCCUUUCUGAGAUCUGUAUGUUCUGUAUGAUUCGUACCUGUUGUUUAAAAUUGAUGACACCAUUAUCUAUACAUAGAUAAUGUCAAAACAUUUACACUCUGCGAGUGUUUUGUGACAGUCUUCCUUUUAAUAAAUAUGAACAAUAUCAUAAUUUGAGCCAGUUGGUAAGCACUAAUAAGAACACGAAGAAAGCCUUCUGUAUAUCGUCAAAUCCUUCUUACAUUGUGAGUUUACUAAUGUUUACUGUUCUGCUUUCAGUCAUAAUGGUUUAUCAUUAUUCAGAUGCACAUUAGUCAAUUCGUUCCGUAUUAUGAUAUUUGUAAUUGUGUGCGCCUGAAAAUAACAUUAGUAUGGACAUGUAGUAAUACAAUAGAUGUCUGUUAAACUGCAAAGCCUACCUGAACGAGGUUUACAAUUUGUGUGUAGCAGAGGGAGAUUAGUCAUGUGUAAAUAAAUUGUAAUCCAUUGAGUGCACUAUA